CACAUACACACACACCACUGCCUGCACCAGUCGCCAGAUAGAGUAGGCAACUAGGCAUCCCGCAUAUAUCCGUUACCGUUCCCCCUCCACACUAUGUCAUCACUGUGGGAUUUAUCUGGCAGGAAUAUUUCUCCAGCCCAGGUCCCACAUUAUCUCUCAUCAUCUCCCUGACGGCAUUUCUCUACCUCGAUGUUUCUUAGAUUUCUUAGGUUUCUUAGCGGCUUCUUUCUCUAUAUGCUCGGCAACGGUGGGUGGCUCGCUAAGGAGUUGUACGAGUAAAUGCAUUUAUCCACUACGCAUCAUCAAACAAGCGAGAUUGCUUUGCGCGGGAUCCAGUUUCACCACAUCGUCUGCUGCGAGUGUUUUCCACUUUUCUCGCGCUGCGUGUACGCGUUGUUUUCUUAGCGCGUGCUGUGACUUUAAUAUUCUCCCGCGCGCGCGUGAUCAACAUAUUCCGCCGGGCCAAGAUAAUUAUUAUGACGGCGUUGUAGCGUUCACCAAUAUCGCGCUAUGCACCUGCCAAGCAUUGAAUAAUCAAUUGUACGUUGGUUAAUCUGCACACACACCGGCCCCAGCAAAGUAAGCACCACAUCGGCAUCUUCUCACGUACGUAUCAACACACGGCGCGUGGUAACACUGUCAACUCGGUGUUUAACUGUGUCCUGGAUAACAAUUCGUCUAUCCCAGUAUUCUGCUGACAAAACACUGCGUACGGAUUUCCGCUGGGUGUCAUAAUACGCCCGUGUAAUAACCGUGUAUCAGGACCGUUAAUGUGAAUGCCGGUGGAUGGCAGUGUCAACAAAGGCGCACCGUUUAACGACGCCAACGCGUGGCGCAUAUAUACAUACAGGAAUUAUAUUGGGCAAUUAAAAAAUGUAUCAAUGUGUGCUGUCGUUCUGCAGGAUCGGGGAUUAUAUUAUGUAUAAUUUGUGAUGGGACGGUUGAUGCCUGCUGAAGUUGAAGGGAGUAUCACACUGAACGCACUAAUGUGAUGUGAUAUGGCCAUGCGUGUGCCGGAGCCCGUGGCGGCGGUGUCCAUGCCGGGAUGUACGCCGGUGGGGCCGGGCAGUGCGUCGGCGGCCGGGCCGGGGACGCUGCCCACUUCCGCUUCCUUAACCGGUCUGUCCAAUCUGGAGAUCCGCACUAAAUCCGUCGAGCAGACGCUCAUUCCUCUCGUCUCGCAGAUCUCGGCGCUAAUCAGCCAGCGCGAGCGCCUGACAAAAAGCGAGCGCGUGUCCAUCGCUCUCUCCUGCGUGGUCCGUGAUGUCUGCGAAGCCGUGGCCAAGUUCGUGCACAUCGGCGAGAACAUCGCCGAGGACAACCCGGAAAUCCGCCAGGAGAUGCUGGAGGCCUGCCGGGAGACGCGGGAUGCCGGUUCCCUGCUGGCGCAGAUCGUCUCCAUCCGCCUGGACGGUCUGUAUCCGCCCGGCGCGAUGCUCCCGCAUCCGCCGUCGCAGCCGCUGCUGGAGGAGCGCAAACUGCUGCGGGCGGCACGCGGGUUGCUGUCGUCGGUCACGCGGGUCCUGUUGCUCGCAGACCGGGUGUUGGUAUUGCAGAUUUUGCGGGCCAAGGACGCGGUUCGGCAAACACUGCGCGCCCUGGUACAUGUCCGGGACUUCAGCGAAUUCGUUAAACUAUUCAGCCAGUACGGCAGCAGUAUGGUGGAUCUGGCGCGGCUCAGUGGGGAACGCCUGCAGGAUCUCAAGGACGACAAGCGGAAAGCGCAGCUGGCCAGCGCCAGACAGCUGCUGGAGAAAUCCACCAUGAUGCUCCUCACGUCAUCCAAGGCCAGUCUGCGGCAUCCGGAUAGCCAGGAGGCCCGGUUGAACCGGGAUCUGGUGUAUGCGCGGGUCAGUGAGGCGCUGAAUCUGCUCAGCUACGCGGUCACAGACGGGGAAGCCUACCUCACCGAUCCGGAGAUGCGCAGUGCGCUGGCCGGGAUGCCGGCUGGGUGCGGUGCGGGAUAUGUGCCCUCGGUGGAGAAGCACACCGCCAUUAGCGUCGUCCUGCAGAGGAUCGAGGAUACCUUAGAGAUGAUCAAGAUGAAUCUGAUCACCUCCGAAGCCUACGACAUCCUCAAGCGGGACUUUCAGCUCUUCGAGGAAGCUCUGACGGAUUUCGUGGACUCGGCGGAAAUUCCUCACGAGCAGCGCCAACGGGUGCUACAACUCGCGCAGCUCCUGAAGGAGCAACUGCAGAGCUAUCCCGUUCUGGGUCUUGACGCUGGUCCACUAGCCGGCAGCAACAUGGACACGUCCCUAUCUAAAGCUCAACAGACAGCGAAGAGCAUGAAGAAAGAGUUGAGUAAUGUGGCGGUACAGAUCGCCACCGAUCUACUGAAAAGCUACAACGAAGCGGAAGCGACGGAGCGCGUGUGUGACGCCGCAUUAAGCGGGGAUCCGCGUCUGCUGGAGGACGAAGCGCACCGCUUCUCCGUCACCGCCGGACGGCUGCUGGAAGUCAGCCGGAUGUUGAAGCACAUCAGCUGCAAUCCGGCGAUGCUCAUCCAGGCCGACCGGCUGGAGACCAGUCUGGCUUCCCUCGGACGACAGUGCAUCUUCGCGGCGCAAACAUUAGUGCAGAGCAUCGGCAGCCGCACAGCCAAAGAAAACCUGGACGUCUUCCUGGAAGCCUGGCGCAGUCUGGUACGUGACCUGCUAUCGGUGACCACGCAGUGCGCCAACCAGAAUAAAGACAGCAAAACGCCGGUGCGGAUGGGAUACAUGUCGCUGCCCCGACCCGGUCGCCACGGUGCCACCGCCAAACCGAUCCGCACCUAUCCCAGCGACUUCGGCAGCCAAGAACAAGCGCGACUGGUUAAGAACGGCCUGGAGAUGCAGAUGCUCUCCUCGGAGAUGGACACCGCCCUGGCCGAUAAGUGCGGUCCGCCGGGUCCCUCGUCGUCCGGUAGCGGUCCGGCCGGGGAGUGGCGCGCCGAGGCCAAUAACGACAUUGUCAAACGGGCUAAGAACAUGUCCAGUAUGGCCUACACCAUGUACCUGUUCACGCGCGGCGAAGGCACGCUGAAGACCACCCAGGACCUCUUCACGCAAGCCGAGUUCUUCACCGAAGAAGCCAAUCGAUUGUGCCGGGCCAUCCGGGAGUUCGGCAGUCAUGUGCCGCAGGGACUGCAGAAAGUGGAGCUGGUCAGUACGCUGGAGAAGAUCCCGCGGUUGAUACAGCAGUUGUCGGCCACCAUUAAAAAUCCCACGGCGGGAAAGACGGCGACUUUUAAUAAGGUGGAGACGGUUAUACAGCAGACCAAGGAUCUUAUGAACGCUAUUGCCAAAUUGGUUACGACGUGUUUCAUUUGCGCUACAAAAUAUGAUCUGGAUUACCGGCAGCUGCGGGAGUGCCCGUCUUCCCACAACCUGCGCUGGACGAACUACCCGCCCAACGUGCACCUGGCCCGCGGCGGCCACACCGGCAGCAGUCUUAACCUGCGUCUGCCCGGCGAAGACAGCGAAUCCCUGCACUCUCUGCACAGCCAGGCCUCCAGCGGGGGCCGGCUAGCCGGUGGUCCGUAUUCUGGUCGCGGCCAUGCCACCGCCAAACGCUAGUCACGUGAGCACGUUGCCUGCGUGCUCCAUCCGCCCGGCUGAAGAUGUAUUAGCACAGUUCUACCUCUCAAUAUUAUCAGAAAUAUUGGAUGUACUUAUUAUGAUUUUUAUUAUACGUAAACUUUAUUAACUACCUCUCUCUCCUGUCUUUUUGCCUUUGAUGCAAGCGUGCCUUAUCUGCUGUGGCAACCUGGUCUCUUUUGUCGUCUGCAUCUUCUACUGUUUGUUAUUGUUGUAGCAUUUUAAGUUUAUUGUUUUAAAAUUAUUCCUUUGUGGUUUCUUAU